CCCACCCAGCCCAGCCGCCCAGCCGAGAGACCGCGUGCGAUCCAAGCAGACCGAGCAGCAGAAGCAGCGAAGCGAAGCGAGGAGUCGCCGCCGCAGCGGAGCAAGAUGUCGUGGCAGGCGUACGUCGACGACCACCUGAUGUGCGAGAUCGAGGGCCAGACCCUCACCUCCGCGGCCAUCGUCGGCCACGACGGCAGCGUCUGGGCGCAGUCCCUCAACUUCCCCAAGUACUUUCCUGAGGAGAUUGCUGCCAUCAUGAAGGACUUUGAUGAACCUGGAACCCUAGCACCAACCGGUCUUUUCCUUGCAGGCACAAAAUACAUGGUGAUCCAAGGUGAAUCCGGUGUUGUUAUCCGAGGAAAGAAGGGGACUGGAGGCAUUACUAUCAAGAAGACCAACCUGGCCUUGAUUAUUGGUAUCUACGAUGAGCCAAUGACACCAGGGCAGUGCAACAUGAUUGUGGAGAGGCUCGGCGAUUAUCUGGUCGAGCAGGGGUUCUAAAUUUCCAUAUGUUAUUUUGGUCAUUUGGCACUAAGUUUGCACCUCAUUUGUUUCAGUAAUCUGUGGGCUUGCAUCUACUUGGCGUAUCAGCUUGGGUUUGUUGGUUGGGUGACAUGUUGAAAAGGAUUUAAUUGGGGUUUAUGUUUGGCAUCGCGUUAUAUCAAACUGAGCUGUUGUUUCACUGAGUAAUGUACAUUUCCCUGGUCAUGGUACUUGUGGACCCUGCUGCUUUAUGGAGAUGAGUUCAUUUUA